UCCCAAAAUUAUUGUCCAGUUUGAGAUUUCACUUUUAGUACAAUUUGAACUAAAAAUGAAAACUGGAAUACUAUUGAGGUGUUUGCUCAUGGCAGAAGGUACACAAACCAAAAUUAUCAAAGUCCUGAUGCUGCCAUGGCUCGGCCAUGGUCACAUAUCCCCAUACUUAGAGCUGGCCAAGAGAUUAUCAAUCAGAAACUUUCAUAUCUACUUCUGCUCCACUCCAAUAAAUCUCAAAUCCAUCAAGGAAAAACUCACCCAGAAGACAAAUUCAAGUUCAAUUGAAUUGGUUGAGCUCCAUCUUCCAUCCUCCCCUGAGCUUCCUCCUCAUUACCAUACCUCCAAUGGCCUCCCACCCCAUCUCAUGAUCCAUCUCAAAAAAGCCUUUGAAUUGUCGGCCGCUCAGUUUUCCGUUCUUCUUCAGUCACUGACUCCUGAUUUGGUCAUUUAUGACUUUAAUCAGCCUUGGGCGGCGGAAAUUGCUUCAAGUCAGGCAAUCCCGGCGGUUGAAUUUGUCAUAAUCGGGGCGGCGAUGGUGGCUUUCGGCCUACACCUGAUGAAGAAUCCUGGAGAGGAAUUCCCUUUUCCGGAAAUCUAUCUCAGGGGAUAUGAGAAAAGAAAAAUGUUGCAGAAUCAGGGGGACAAAGAUAAGAUACUUCAAGCUACCAACCAUUCUUACAAGAUUUUUCUACUUAAAUCUUGUAGAGAAAUUGAGGGCAAAUUCAUCGAUUAUCUUUCUGAAACAUAUGACAAGAAAUUCGUCCCACUUGGCCCUCUUGUCCCAGAAGAUUUAACAUCCAGCAAUGACGAUGAUCGGGAUAAAGAAAUCAUGGAAUGGCUAGAUCAGAAGGAAAAAAGUUCUGUAGUUUAUGCGUCUUUUGGUAGUGAGUAUUAUUUGACUCAGCAAGAAAUAGUUGCAAUGUCGCAAGGGCUAGACCUCAGCAAUGUCAAUUUCAUCUGGGCUCUCAGAUUUCCAGUCGGGGAAGAAGAGAACAUUAGCAUUAAAGAAGUUUUGCCGGACGGGUUUCUCGAUAAGAUCGGAAACAGGGGAAAAAUCGUGAAGGGAUGGGCUCCUCAGGCGAAAAUCCUGAAGCAUUCGAGCACGGGUGGAUUUUUGAGUCAUUGCGGAUGGUGCUCCGUCAUGGAAAGCCUGAUGUGGGGAGGCUGUGGAGGCAUUCCGAUUAUCGGCGUGCCAAUGCACAGUGAUCAGCCGGUGAAUGCCAGAGUAGUGGAAGCCAUUGGAGUUGGUGUGGAAGCUGUGAGGGAUGAGGAAGGGAAUCUACUGGGUGAGGAAAUUGCCAAAGUGAUUCGGAUGGUUAUGGUGGAUGACAGCGGGGCGGAGAUAAGGCGGAAAGCCAAGGAGCUGGGUGAAACGUUGGUGGCGAAAGGAGAUGCGGAAAUAGACAACCUAAGCAUUGAAUUAGCACAACUCUGCUCAACAGAAUAUUCAAAGUGAUGCAAAAUAAUAUGUCAGCCAUUUCCUGGUUAUUAAUUCCUUUGUCUGUUUGAGAUUAAUUUACUCUCCAUCUGCAUAUACAUUUGAGAAAUAUGGUUUGCUUUUCUCUAGAGUCCACAUGUGAAAAACGUUCACUCAUGAUCACGAUUCAAGACAAUAACAGGACAAUGAAAGUGGAUCAUUCUUGUCAGAUUGAGAAGUUUUUAUCUAACAGUGCGUAUUCAGUCUUCAGACUUCAGUUUUUAGACUUCAUAUUCAAGUGAUUAUCAAUGGAGCCUUCUAAUCGAUGCUCUCUAUCGAGAGACGAAUAAAUUUUUUUAAAAAAAGGUGUGUUCAGUCUGUUCCAAUACACAUUGAAAACCAAAAAAAUUUCACCAGUAAUCAAUGGAAAUGGUCUUUUGGAAAUGGCAUGUUAGGAAAAUUCUGAAGCGCUAAAUUAUCAGAAAAGAAGUGGAAUGGUGGUAUUUUAUUUCCC